AUGACCGACAAGGAUCCUUCUGAGAGAGCAGCCUUGAGGGAAAUUUUUCCAGAAGUUAACCUCCUGAUUUGCAGUUUUCACGUCCAACAAAUUUUCCAUCGACAAAUAACUGUUGGAAAAAGGGGGGUAACGAGCGAGGAAAAAGAUGACCUCCUUUUAAUUUUGCGAAAACUAGUGUACAGCGAAUCGGAGGAAGAUUACGAUGAAACGUACACUGAAUUUUGUGAAGUUGCUCCAGAAGAAGUGAUCGAUUAUUAUAACACCAACUGGCAUUCGAUAAAAGACGAGUGGGUCCUGUAUCGUAUGAAUGCUCACGGAAAUUUGAAUAAUAAUACAAAUAAUAGAGCAGAAUCGACACAUGCCAAGGGUAAACAAAUAGUUCCACUACACAGCAGUCUGGUAGAGUUCGGCAAAAACAUUUUUGUUUUCUUUCGGGCACAAGCGCGUCAAAUCAAGAUCAAAAGCGGAAAACUGAUGACUACAAAAUCAGCAGAAGCUUUUACAACCGCAGAUGAAAAAAACUAUUGUGAGUUGUUAACUCCAAAAGCCUUUGCCGAAUUGCAACCAGAACUGCUGGAGUACCCUGACGUUCAAAUCAUGAGUAGCAAUGUCGCUCAAAAAGAGUGUUCUUUCGAAUUAAACGGAAGGACAAUCACGAGUUCUUUAACUAAAUGCAAAUGUCUGAAAAAUCGUUCAAUGUUUCUGCCUUGCAAACAUGUAUUUGCUACUCGUGAUUUCUUCGAGCAACCACUUUUUGAUAAAACGUUGUGUGCAGAAAGAUGGUUGAGAGGGUAUAGUGUACAAUGCGAUACUGAAAUUUCCAAACUCACACACUUCCCUAAUUGUAGCCAAUCCUCAAACGGUAGCGUCACACAAAUUAGGCAGUCGAACGAACAUGUCACACUGGAAAAACUUGCAAAGAAGUAUGACACUUCGUUCAACUUGCUGGCUCACGUAGGCAGCUUGUCUGCGAAUCAAAACUUGCAGAACAAGAGUGACUGUUUGCAUGAUGUGAUGGAUUUGUGGGCGAAAGGGAAAAAUGUGCGACUUUCAAAAAUAACAAACAAUGAAUUGAAUGUUAUUCAAUGUACAUUGAAGUUGAAGUCGACAAAUGACAAAAGGCGUCAUCUUUUUUGUAUGAAAAAAACUCCUCGAGAAAUUCAGUUGUCAGAGAAAAAAAUCAAAAUACUAAAUCGACUGCUCUCACUGUGGAAGAAGAAUGUUCCAGUUAUUGCUAAAGAGUCAGAUGGCGAUUGUAGUUUAAAUGAUAGUGCGACCUUGAAUACUAGCGAGAUUAAAGUACCGGAACCAACUUUGAUCAAAGGACGACCGAGACAAGCGUUCGAUACGUACAUUAAGUAUAAG